GUCACUUGUCUUUGUUUCGCGUGACUCGACAUCUGAGAACUUCACCAAGUCGUGCACGUUUGUAAUUAGGACAAUAAACAAUUCACAUUAAAUUAUUGCAUGUUUAUAAUUAAACAUUUGCUUGUGUCAUUAAGUUGGAAAAAAAUAAACACAGACGGGCGAUAAAAUGCCCGAAAUUAAAGUUACACCGCUGGGCGCUGGACAGGAUGUUGGACGCAGCUGCAUUAUCGUCUCCAUCGGUGGCAAAAACAUUAUGCUGGACUGCGGGAUGCACAUGGGGUACAAUGAUGAUAGGCGCUUCCCAGACUUCUCAUACAUCAUUCAGAACGGGCGCCUGACGGACUUUUUGGAUUGUGUCAUCAUCAGUCAUUUCCAUUUGGACCACUGCGGCGCUCUGCCCUACAUGAGUGAGAUGGUGGGCUACGACGGACCGAUCUACAUGACGCACCCCACCAAAGCCAUCUGCCCCAUCCUGCUGGAGGACUUCCGCAAGAUCACUGUGGACAAGAAGGGCGAGACCAACUUUUUUACCUCGCAGAUGAUCAAGGACUGCAUGAAGAAGGUCAUCCCUCUGAACCUUCACCAGACUGUCCAGGUGGAUGACGAGCUGGAGAUCAAGGCAUACUAUGCGGGCCAUGUUCUGGGCGCUGCCAUGGUGCACAUCAAAGUGGGCUCAGAGUCUGUGGUCUACACUGGUGACUAUAACAUGACACCGGACAGACAUUUGGGCGCCGCUUGGAUCGACAAAUGUCGUCCAGACAUUCUCAUAUCAGAGUCCACUUAUGCCACCACCAUCCGGGACUCCAAGAGGUGCAGAGAGAGAGACUUCCUGAAGAAAGUGCACGAAUCCAUAGAACGAGGAGGAAAAGUUCUCAUUCCAGUGUUUGCCCUGGGAAGAGCCCAGGAACUCUGUAUCCUCUUGGAAACAUUUUGGGAGAGAAUGAACCUGAAGGCUCCAAUCUACUUUUCCACCGGUCUCACAGAGAAAGCAAAUCAUUACUACAAGUUGUUCAUCACGUGGACCAACCAGAAGAUCAGGAAAACAUUUGUGCAGAGGAACAUGUUUGAAUUCAAGCAUAUCAAAGCCUUCGACCGCUCAUAUGCUGACAACCCAGGACCCAUGGUGGUGUUUGCAACCCCAGGAAUGCUGCACGCCGGACAGUCACUGCAGAUCUUCAAGAAAUGGGCCGGCAAUGAGAAGAACAUGGUUAUCAUGCCAGGUUAUUGCGUACAAGGGACCAUUGGGCACAAGAUCCUGAACGGACAAAAGAAACUGGAGAUGGAAGGGAGAGCGACAUUGGACGUGAAACUCCAGGUGGAAUACAUGUCAUUUAGCGCGCACGCAGACGCCAAGGGCAUCAUGCAGCUCAUCCGCAUGGCCGAACCUCGCAACAUGCUGCUUGUGCACGGCGAGGCAGUCAAGAUGGAGUUCCUUAAGGGCAAGAUCGAACAAGAGUUUAGUAUCGACUGCUACAUGCCAGCUAAUGGGGAAACCACAACGGUGACUACAAAUCCCAAAGUUCCAGUUGACAUGUCGCUUAACCUACUCAAGAGGGAAAUGGCUCUAGGAGGACCUUUACCUGAUCCCAAAAAACCACGGAUCAUGCACGGAACCCUUAUCAUGAAAAAUAAUAGUCUCAAGUUGGUGUCCUCGGAACAAGCCCUGAAGGAACUCGGACUCAAUGAGCAUCAGCUGCGAUUCACGUGUCGUGUGCAGCUCCAUGACCCGCACAGUGACACCGACACACUUCGAAGAAUAUACACGCACCUCAAAAGUGUCUUAAAGGGAUACGCCAUCCAGCACCUCCCCGAUGGUACUGUCAUGGUCGAGUCUAUCGUCAUCAAAGUGUCAUCAUCGCCGGAAGAAACCAAUACGAAGGUCAUCCUGCUUUCCUGGAGUUACCAGGAUGAAGACCUUGGGAGCUUCCUUUCAACUCUUCUAAAAAAAGGGCUUCCAUCUGGACUUUGAUAAUAUUACGAAUAAGAUCAUCAUGUCUGGUUGUUUUUAACGAAAGAACUGUUGGGGCACAAUUCACUUCAGUUUGGCUACAUACAGACAAUUGAUUUGGUAACACUGCAGAAACUUUAUUUUAGUUAGCUAGCACAGGUUAGGUGAACAAAAUUGCUGUAAUUAUGUUUUUUCCCUGACGUCGUAGCUACUUGUUCUCAGGCUGGCUUUGUGACUCAUAUUUUAAAAAAAGAAAAAAAGUCUGUCAGUCAUGCUCAGUUUUUUUCUUUCAAUGGAACCCAGCAGAGAAAGGAGACAGAGUUGACAUGAAACCCAUCCAAGCCACCAUAUCAGCCAUAUAAAUGAGUUUAUGUAUACAUAUUUGUUCAUAAUUUCAUCAUGUUGUUUUGAAUCACCACCUCACCAUAAAUGGGAUGUGAUUUUCUAAGAAUAUUUUAGAAGCGAUUGAAAAUGUAAAGCCUUGCAGAGAUUCAUAGAAAUAAAUUCUUGCAUAUUGAAGGUCUCCUACCUUGCCAAAUCUGC